AUGAAGUCAGUGGGACUGUGGGAGGCUUUAUCAUCUGCGCUGAAAGGUGAUUGGAAAUCUAUUGAGGACAUGACAAACAUUCAAAGACGUAUUAGUUGGAACGAAGAAACCACUCUUCAUAUUGCUGCUGCAGCAAACCAGGAAGACUUUUUGAAGAAAUUAUUGACAUGGAUGACAUCAAAUAACUGCAACCUAACAGCUGAAACCAAUGCUGGGAACACUGCCUUGACCUACGCUGCUGCAGCUGGAAAUGUGAAAAUUGCCGAGAUGAUGCUAAAGAAAAAUCCUGAGCUGCCAAACCUAGGUAGAGGGGUGAAACCACUCUCUAUGGCUGCUUUCUUAGGACACAGUCAAAUGGUGCAAUUUCUUUAUCCUGUGACUACGAUAGAUAAGCCAGAUGACCGGGAUGAUAUAUUUAUCAAUUGUGUUAGAAAAGACUUAUACGGUGUUAGAGUUUUUCGUGGCUCAGCUGGCAACUCGCCAGUUGUGAAACCCCAGUCGCGAGGUUACAGAGGUGAUGUUGAGAAUUCAAACGAAACCUCAGUGAUUUCAUCUGUUCUGUUUGAAGCAGCAGAAGUAGGCAACAUCGAGUUCUUGGUUAAGCUUAUUUGUUUUAACUUUGAUCUAUUAUGGAAAAGAAAAGACAGUAAAAGCAUAUUUCAUAUUGCUGUUGAGAAGCGCCACGAAAGCAUCUUCAAAUUACUUAAUGAGAUAGGCUUAAUUGGAGAUCUAAUAGUCGGUAGAAUAUUUGAAGAUGGAAGCAACAUAUUGCAUUUAGCUGCAAGAUUGGCACCUCAAGAUAUGCUCAAGGCUAUAUCAGGAGCAGCUCUUCAAAUGCAACUAGAACUAUUAUGGUUCAAGGUACUGAUUCAUGCGCUUUGUGUUGUAAUUGUUGAACCAUUUAAUAGAAUGUCAUUAGCAAAGGCUCUUGCAGGGUUUCGUAUAAAAGAAGGUUAUGGUAGGAAUUGUCAGAAAUCAAGACUAAAGGAAGAAGAAGUAAGAUCAAAAGUGAGUGAAGCUGAAAAGAAAGAAGAAGAAGUUAAACCAGACUAA